AUGUCUCACUUGGAGCAACAAUCCGUAUCAUCGGCGGAGAGGAAACUCAAGAGCCUUGAAGCGCUCGAUGAUGGUGUUGGUAGCAAGUUCAACUGGUUUACGGUGCGCACCAUUUUGACUUCGGGUGCUGGUUUCUUUACCGAUUCCUAUGAUAUCUUUAUUAUCAACUUGGUCACUCCCAUGUUGGGCUAUGUCUAUUAUUCCCAAUCCAACAACAAGAUGCCCUCCGAUAUCGAAGGCGUUGUCAAAGGCAUGGCAUCUGUAGGAGUGUUGAUCGGCCAGCUUCUUUUCGGUUUCCUUGGUGACAUUGUGGGUCGUAAGAUCUAUGGUUUUGAGUUGUUGAUUAUUAUCAUUGGUACCAUCAACUGUGCCACGUCCUCUUCUGCUGUACGUGGUGUAUCAGCGAUUGGUUUCCUUGGUCUAUGGCGUCUUAUUCUUGGUAUUGGUAUUGGAGGUGAUUAUCCCAUGAGCGCCACUGUUGUUUCCGAAUGGAGUAGCACUGGACGUCGUGGCAUGAUGAUGGCCUUGAUCUUUUCUAUGCAAGGUAUUGGCCAGCUUGCAGCUGCCAUUGUGACCCUCAUUGUGCUUGCAGCCUUUAAGGGAGCUGUCAAUGCUGAUGUCUUCAACCUGGAUUACGUAUGGCGUAUUUGUGUGGGUCUUGGUGCUGUCCCUGCUGUUGCCACUGUGUAUUUACGUUUUACGAUGCCCGAGUCACCACGUUAUGCUCUUGAUGUGCAGCGUGAUGUGGAAGCUGCUGCUGCUGCCAAAGGUCAAGUCGUCUCUGAAGAACUUACCCAACAGUAUACCAAGGUGGAUCUCAAGGAGCGUAGCCAUUGGGCUGAAUUCAGAGCCUACUUUGGUCAAUGGAAGCAUUUCAAGGUCCUCCUUGGUACAUCGCUCUCAUGGUUCUUGCUCGACAUUGCAUUUUAUGGUCUUGGUCUCAACAAUUCUUAUAUCCUUGAAGCCAUUGGAUUCUCCAAAAAGGCCACUCCCUUUGAAACUUUAUGGUACAACACCAUUGGCCAAAUCAUCAUCACCGUGCUAGGUGCGGUUCCUGGUUAUUAUCUUACAGUCAUUUUCAUCGAACGUUGGGGUCGUCGUCCUAUCCAAAUCAUGGGCUUUGCCAUGUGUACCAUCCUCUUUGUCAUCCUUGCUGCUGCUUAUUAUCCUUUGCGUGAUCAUGCCAUGCCUGCCUUUAUCGUUAUCUUCACACUUGCACAACUCUUCCAGAACUUUGGUGCCAAUAGUACCACAUUUAUUAUUCCUGGGGAGGUAUUUCCUACCAAGGUGCGUGCAUCCGCACAUGGCAUUUCAGCUGCUUCUGGCAAGGCUGGUGCCAUCUUGGCGUCCUUUGCAUUCAAUGUCUUGGUUGACUAUGGAGGUGAACCUGGUAAGCAUGCCUUUUUGCCUGAAACCUUGGGCAUCUUUGCUGGUAUCAUGUUCCUAGGCCUGGUUGUUACUAUUCUUUGGAUUCCCGAGUCAAAGGGUCUUGAUUUAUCAGUCUUUGAAGAAGACUAUGUGCCCCCAGUACAUCCCGUGGAAGAAGAAAAGAAGCAUACAAUGGCUGGUCCAUCAUAA